AUGAACGCGCUGACGUCGAUUGCGUCCACAGUCACGACGCGUCAGAGACGUUGUCGCGUGAGAAAAACAACGACGCGGGUUCCGAAGAAUGCUUUCGUUCGAGGAGGCGCGAGGAGGGUGUUUACGACGACGGUAUCGUCGUCGUCAUCAGCAGUAGCGGCAUCAAAAACGUUGGAAGAAGAAUACGUCCAACACGCGGAUUUGUACGACGGUUCUAAACAGACGCAGUUGUUCUCUGGUUUACAGGGCCGAGCGUUGAACGCGAAAGGAAAGGAGUUUCCUUCCAUGGCGCAAGUGUUAGCGAAGAUACCGAAAGAAUGUUUUGAGAAAGAUACGGGGAAGUCGUUGAUGUACGCGGGGAUUUCGACGGCGAUAACGUUCGCAGUUGGCGUGGCGGCGUGGGCGACGUUGCCGUUUACCGUGUAUUAUUUGCCGGCGUGGAUCGCGUACGCGUACGUGGCUGGGACUGCGGCGACUGGGUGUUGGGUUGCCGCGCACGAGUGCGGACACGGUGCGUUUUCGGAUAACCGAACGAUUCAAGAUACAGUUGGGUAUAUCUUGCACUCGUUGUUGUUGGUCCCGUAUUUCUCGUGGCAACGAAGCCACGCGGUGCACCACUCGAGGACGAAUCACGUUUCGGAAGGGGAAACGCACGUACCGGCGCAAAUGGGCAGCGAAGAGGCGAACUUGACGUUUGGUUUGAGAAAGACAGUCGGGAAGACGUUGUUUUCUGCGUUGAAUUUAAUCGGCGUGUUUGUGUUUGGGUGGCCGUUGUAUUUGUUGAUGGGCGCGAGCGGCGGUCCGGUGCGAGGGAAAACAAACCACUUUGUGCCGAAAAUGGGCGCGAGUGGUAAGCACGCGUUGUUUCCGGGAAAAUGGGAAAACAAGGUGUGGUACUCAGACAUUGGCGUGGCUUUGACUGUUGGGGCGAUGGCGUACUGGGCGAUGCAAACGUCCUUUGCGACCGUGUUUGGUUUGUAUCUGGCGCCGUAUUUGUUCACCAACUUUUGGUUGGUUUUGUACACGUGGUUGCAGCACACGGACGUGGACGUGCCGCAUUUUGAAGGCAACGAUUGGAAUUUAGUCAAGGGGGCGUUCAUGACCAUCGAUAGGCCGUACGGGAAGGUGUACGACUUUUUGCAUCACAGAAUUGGGAGCACGCACGUGGCGCACCACAUCAACCACACGAUACCGCACUACAACGCCGUGAAGGCUACCGAGGCGAUAAAACAAAACUGGCCGGACUUGUAUUUGUUCGAUCCGACGCCGAUCGCGCAGGCGACGUGGAGAGUUGGAAGCGAGUGCGUGGCGAUCGUCCGAAAAGGCGACGAGUACGUGUUUUCCAACGAGCCUUUGCCAAAGUUGGCGUAA